UCUCGCUAGCUGACCUUGUCAAUCCCACGAGAGGUGUCCGCUGCGCGCUCCCUCGCUUUGGUCUUCUGAAUGACCAAGUCAUGCGCAGACAGUGGCGCGCCUUCGAGACGAAAACUGACGCAUAAGAAUAUCAACAUUCGUUCCGUUGAUCUCACUACCGUUGCUAUCAACCGCCCUGUGAAUGUCCCGGCAGUACUCAGCGGUUAUACAACAUUGUCCCAGCCGACGACCAUCCCUGUCUAGGUAC